UCUUUCACUCUCACUGUGUUUGUAUCUCACUAGCGCCACAAUAAUAUUACGUUCGUAUUCAUAACGUGAAUAAACAUUCAUUUGCUUUGGUACACUCACUUUUUCUUGCUGAUCCGGUGAAUUUUUACUGUAUCAGAAGAAUAUAAUAAUGGAUUCUUUGCGUGAACAAGUUAUGAUUAAUCAAUUUGUACUUGCGGCUGGAUGUGCACGAGAACAAGCUAAGCAGCUACUUCAGGCUGCACAUUGGCAAUUUGAGACGGCUCUGUCAAUAUUCUUUCAAGAAGUUGCAAUCCCUUCUGGAGCAAAUGGUAUAGCUGCACAACAUUACCAUCAGCAACUAAUGACACCAUGUAACACUCCUGCAACACCACCAAACUUCCCUGAUGCGCUGGCAGCAUUUUCAAGGUUAUCAACGACAGGAAGUCCAAGUAAUGCAGGUGGAGGAGGAGUGAGUGGAAUGGCACCACCCGUAUCCCCUUUAGCCACACAUCCACCAGCAUCGCAAAUGCAGAUGAAUGCUUUUGCUAAUACAUCAAAUCCGCAGACUAGUUUUGCACCUUUGUCCUGCUCAACUUCAAUUUGCAGAGAACAUAUGCCAAGAUAAGCUGUGUAAUUAGGUUAGGAUCAUGUAUAAUUUAUUUUUAUAAUGGUGCGCAAUGUGAGCUGUGGAUUUGUGAAUAUUAUUUCUAAUGCCCCUCUGUAGCUUAAGUUUGCUGGACAAUAUAUUGGGGUGUUAUAGUCAAUCAUGUUAAACAUAAAAUAUUCUCACUGUUCAUAUAGUGGUUUAUAAAACAAGAUGCACUAUAGAAUAAUAUAUAACAGUUUUUGAUACCUGUAGAAAUCUUUUACUGUGAUUAUAAAAUUUGGUAUCAUGACUAUGUAGUGGUAAAAUAAUUAUUAAUUAUGACUGUAUGAUAAUGAUGAAAGAUAAAAUUAUUGUUGUUUUUUUUUCAUAUAAUAUUAUAUACUUUUCUAUACACUAUUUUACUGUAAGCUAAUAUCAUUUUUUGAAUUAAAAAAAAAUGUAUUAUAUCCUGCAAUAUUAUACAGCUUCGUAAAAGACAAUAUUAAGGAAAUAAUUAAAGUGAUUAAAUAAGACAAAUGUUCACUGUAAUUUUUUGCAAUAAGUUGCAAGUUCUUGUAAUUAAAAAUAAAUAAGUAAAAUCAUUAAAA